AUGGACGGACAAAGGAGUGGACGAGGUCGUGGGCGAGGGUCUAGGCAAGCCCACCCUCAAGGGGAUGAACAAGGAUCGGCAACUGGACCGACCCAAGGACAAGAGAAUAUAGAGGUUAACCAAAUGGCUACUGCCGUUAAUAGGAUGACUGACAUCCUAGAACGAUUGGCUGAGAGACAGGGACCAGUGCCAGUUGCAAAAAAUCGGUUGCAACUUCAAGUUUCCAUAGAUGCUGCAAAAUGGUGUGCAUUUCAAGUGGUGGCUUUUAGGGGUCAUGAUGAAAGUUUAGAUUCUAACAAUCGAGGUAAUUUUAUUGAGUUGAUCAAGCAUGUGUCUUCUUAUAAUGAAAAAGUGGCUGCUGUGGUCCUUGAUAAUGCUCCUCGAAAUGCAUCUUAUACUUCUCCUACGAUCCAAAAGGAGAUAUUGUCCAUUGGGUCGAGCAAGAUACAAAAGUAUAUUCGAGAGGAGAUUAGUAAUUCAAAAUUUUCUAUACUUGUUGAUGAGGCUCAAGAUAGAUCAAAAAGAGAGCCAGUGGCUAUUGUUCUUAGAUUUGUGGACAAGCAAGGCUAUAUUCGAGAGAGGUUUUUUGACAUUGUUCAUGUGCACAAAACCAAUUCCUUGACUUUGAAGAAGGAGAUAUGUGAUGUCCUUUCUCGCCAUAAUCUUAGUGUGCAAAACAUUUGUGGCCAAGGAUAUGAUGGAGCUAGUAACAUGCGUGGAGAAUGGAAUGGACUGCAAGCAUUAUUUAUUCAGGAGUGCCCCUAUGCAUAUUAUAUUCACUGUUUUGCUCAUCGACUAGUUGCUAGAGCAACUAGAAUUGCUGAAUUGAUUGCUAUUGAUGAACUUGAGACUGAAUAUGAAGACAUUUGCUCUGUCCUAAUUGAUGUUAUCAAUUAUGGAAAUACAUCAACUCAAAGAAGUGAAGCUGACAGAGUUUACGAUUUCAUGACAUCCUUUGAUUUUGUUCUUGUUAUGCAUAUGAUGAGGGACAUUUUAGGAUUUGCACAAGUACUUUCUCAAGCUUUACAAUGCAAAUCUCAAGAUAUUUUGAAUGCCCUUAAAUUGGUUUCAAUAACAAAGGAUCGACUUCAAAGUUACAGAGAUAAUGGAUGGAAUGAAUUGUUCACCAAUGUAAAGGCAUUUUGUGAUGCACGAAAUACAGAGAUGCCUGAUAUGAAUGUCAUUUAUAAAGCAGGUCGAGGAAGAAUUCAAAAACAAAAUGAUCCAAUUACCAUGGAGCAUCACUACAGGAUUGAUGUGUUUUUGGCAACGGUUGAUUCUCAAAUACUUGAAAUGAAGAAUAGGUUUAAGGAAGAUGUAAUAGAGUUGCUUAUUCUUAGUUCAGCAUUGCACCCCAAAGAUAAUUUUCAUGCUUUCAAUAUUGAACAAAUUUGUCAACUUACAAACAGGUUUUAUUCAGCUGACUUCACAGAUCAAGAGAAGUUGCACUUAAGAACUCAAUUAGAGCUUUUCCAGAUUGAGUUUUCCUGUAAUUCUCAGCUUCAUAAUUUGUCAUCACUUCAGGAGUUGUGCCAAGUGUUAGCAAAGACAAGAAAGUCAAUGUGCUAUACUCUUAUUGAUAGAUUGAUUCGUCUUAUUUUGACUCUUCCUGUUUCAACAGCUACAACAGAGCGUGCAUUUUCUGCUAUGAAAAUCAUCAAGACUUGUUUGCGUUCUAGGAUGGAGGAAGACUUUCUUGCCAACUCUAUGAUAAUGUAUAUUGAGAAAGAAAUUGCUAGAACUUUUGAUAUAAAUUCAAUCAUUGAUGACUUUGAUAAAAUUAAAAGUCGUCUUGCACAAUUUCAUAUGUCCCACACAGUCAAAUAG